CCGCAAAGAGACGCGUCGCCCGCCGCUGGAUGAGGUGAAGUCGAGCGCACAUCUGACUAGCCUCCUUUGCAUGGCUCCGACAUUCGGGCGAUACAUCUGCUCCGAAGGGUGUCUCAUCCAUCUUCUCCCCAUGAACUGCUGUGCUCCCUCUGCGUAAGCAGACACAGAAGACGCAGGCACAAAACUUUACGCACACGGGUCUUGCUUAGAGAAAGCGUUUGCCCGCCUGGAAUUGCAGCACAUUUGCGAGAGAAAAAGGAGCAGGAGACGAGCCGCGAUCGCAUGACGGCGUGCUCGCCCAGUGACGGGUAUAUAUACCUCAAGAGCAGGAGCAUUCACCGCGGUUCCCCAUGCGCGAGCGAACCCUUUGGCAAAGCGUCUUUCUCGAGCUUCUUCACCUCCAUCACGCUCUCUCCCCGACAUCCGACUUGAUCCUCCGACUUGCCUUCAUUUCCUUUGAUUUGACCGACUCGCCAUCAGCAUGGCUGACCUGAACGAAAAGAAAGGCGCCUCUGACGGGGACGCCGCCUCGCACACGAUUUACGACACCAAUGAGGCCAAUCGCUCGGGGUCUGAACAUGCUUCAGAAAAGGUUGCCGGCAAUACCGAUGCCUAUGCCCACAUCCGGGACGGCAAGCUGGGCGAGCAGCUUGUGAACAACAAUGUUGAUGCUCGCAUUGCCAACCCGCUGGCAGGCAUUCCGCGCGAGCAGAUCAAGCUCGAUGCCAAAGAAUUCGCUCAGCGCUAUGGCCUCGACGAGUACACGGACAUUAUGGUGAAAGGUGCCCUCGUGGCACAGGACCCUUUGGCCUUCGACGCGGUCCCUGAGCUCGACGAAGCCGACCGCGAGGUGCUUAGGAGGGAGGUCACCCACAAAUGGAGCCAUCCAUUCCAAUUGUACGCCUUGGUCGUGCUCUGUGCCGUUGCUGCAGCUGUGCAGGGCAUGGAUGAAUCUGUCAUCAACGGAGCGCUUCUAUUUUUUCCCGCUCAAUUUGGAAUCGGCGACGACAAUGCCGAUCGCGACAAUUGGCUUCGUGGCUUGAUCGGAGCCGCACCUUACGUGGCCUGCGCCUUCCUGGGCUGCUGGCUGACUGACCCCCUCAACCACUUCCUUGGGCGCCGCGGUACGAUCUUCUUCGGGGCCGUCAUCUGCUGCUUGACAUGUAUCUGGUCGGCCGUCACCAACAGUUGGCAACAUUUGUUUGUCGCUCGCCUGGUGCUCGGACUUGGCAUCGGACCCAACAGUGCCACUGUCCCUGUUUACGCUGCCGAGUGCGCUCCUCCUCUGAUCCGCGGAGCCCUUGUAAUGCAGUGGCAGACCUGGACUGCAUUUGGUAUCAUGCUCGGCUAUGUCUCGGACCUUGCCUUCUAUCAUGUCAAGGAUACAACGCCGAGCAUCACAGGUCUGAAUUGGAGGAUCAUGCUGGCCUCCGCCUGCUUCCCGGCAAUCAUUCUAGCCGCUCAGGUCUUCACCUCGCCAGAGUCUCCCCGUUGGCUGAUGAAGAAGGGCAGAUAUACACAGGCGAUGAAGAGCUUCCUUCGUCUUCGCAACACUCCCUUGCAAGCUUGCCGUGACUUGUACCUUGCGCACGUCACCAUCGAAGCGGAGAACUCGGUCCGGCAUACCCAGAGCAAAUUCCGUUUCCUUGAGCUCUGGACCGUCCCUCGCAACCGCCGUGCUAGCUACGCGUCCACAAUUCUGAUGUUCGGUCAGCAAUUCUGCGGAGUAAACGUGAUCGCGUACUACAGCUCAAACAUCUUGUCAGGCGCCGGUUUCUCGGACAUCAAUGCUCUGCUCGGCUCUUUCGGCUUCGGGAUACUGAACUUCGUGUUCGCUGGGCCCGCCAUCUGGACGAUUGACACCUUUGGCCGCCGCAACCUUGUCCUCGCGACCACGCCUCCCAUGUGUCUGGCGCUUCUCAUGACUGGCUUCAGCUUCUUCGCUGAAGAACAGCAAGUCCGUACAGGUAUUGUCCUCACUGGUAUCUAUCUCUAUGCCGUCUUUUAUUCGCCCGGCAUGGGACCGGUGCCCUUCUCUUACUCUGCAGAAGCGUUUCCUCUUCGUGUCAGGGAGCUGGGAAUGUCUCAGGCGACUGCCAUUCUGUGGUUCUUCAACGCGGUCCUCGCAGUGACUUUCUUCAGGCUGAGGCAGGCCUUUACGCCCCAGGGAGCAUUCGGAUGGUACGCAGGUUGGAACUUGAUCCUGUUCGCUCUCGUGUUCUUGUUCUGCCCCGAGACGAAGGGACUGUCGCUCGAAGAAUUGGACAGCGUGUUCGCCGUUCCGACGCAGAAGCAUGCUGCGUACCAGAUCCGACAGAUUCCCUACUUCGCCAAGAAAUACAUCUUCAGACAAAAAGUGGAGAAGGAGCAGCUUUACAACUUCGACAACACCACCAAUGCUCCUCGCACUGCCAACCCUCUUUGAGUUCACGCCUCUCGCAGGCUUCGCCCCACAGAUUUUUGCUUCUUUGAUCGCCUUUCUACAAUGUACUUAAUGUACUUGCGAACUGUGACUGUGAUUGUUUGCAAUCUAUACGCACUGCUUGAUAUAUGCAGUGGGAACGAG